AUGGCCUCUACCUCGGCCAAUCUCGUGCAACAGGCUGUCAGCUCCGGCGAGCUAACAGACCUUGUUCCGUCUUCUACACCUGCCACUGUUCAUCCUACAGAUGAUUCCAUCCUUGCUGUUCUCACCGCUCGAUUUCGCGCUGAUUUACCGUAUACUAGACUCGGAUCCACGAACCUCGUGGUAGUCAACCCUUACAAAACACUCGCCAAUGUCAAUGACGCUAAUGCGAAGGAGUAUGAAGAGAGAUGUUACAAGGAUACCAAGCUGGGCUUGGCAGAUUCUCGGAGACCCCCUCAGCCUCAUUUGUAUGAGCAAGCGGCUAAAAUCUAUCUCCUUAUGAGAAGAAGGAACGAGUCUCAAGCAGUUGUCACUCGGGGAAUCUCAGGAUCGGGAAAGACCGCGAGCAGUCGGCUGCUCGUAGACCAGAUUUUACGCCUUUCAGCUCACUCCAAACGAGAGGCCAAAAUCGCUGAACAAAUCAAAUCUUUCACGGUGCUGCUCGAGUCUUUCGGAAAUUCAAAAACCCUUGUGAACCCAAAUGCCUCACGACACACACGCUACACAGAGCUCCACUUCAAUGAACGCGGGCGUAUCAGCGCUGCGAAGGUUAUCGCCUUUGGGCUUGACAAGUCACGCUUGACUCGUUUGUCACAUGAAGAACGAUCUUACCAUGUGUUCUACCAACUUCUUGCUGGAGCUACGCCAGAGGAACGUGACUACAUGGGCUUGGAAGGUCCUUCGGACUACGCCCUGUUGGCAUCAUCUGGUUGCUAUCAUUUGCCUGCUGGUCCAUUCAGUGAUGAUGGUAUCGCGAUGGAUGAUUUGCGAGACGCCUUCAAAACUUUAGGCUUCAAGUCCAAGCACGUCUCAUCAAUAUUCAACGUGCUCGCUGCCAUUCUGCUGCUUGGCAACCUCGAAUUCGGGGAAGCUGAUGCGGGGGACGUCUCCGCAUAUGUCCUUAACGUGCCAAUCCUCCAACAGGUAGCAAAGCUUUUGGGCGUUUCUCCCGAAGAACUCAGUGACACGCUGACGUACAAGACGAACUAUGUACGCAAGGAGUUGUAUACUGUGCUGCUCAAUGUGCAGCAAAGCGCAGCACAGCGAGACCGGCUAGUUCGUGAUCUCUAUGCAAUCAUGUUUGCAUUUGUGGUGGAAACUGCCAAUUUCAAGCUAGCCCCUGCCUCCUUAAAUCCUACAUGUUCCGCCACUCGUAUUGUACUGCUCGACCAAGCGGGUUAUCAGACGCGCGCACCUUCAGGGUCGAGUGGUCCUACUCCCCUUAUCUCCGCUCAUCAGAAUGGCUUUGACGAAUUCUGCAUCAAUUUCACCGACGAAAUCGUGCAAUCCCACAUACUUCGAAACACCUUCGAUGACAACACGGCUUUCAACAGUCGUAUGAUUGCUGAUGGGAACUCGUUACCAGCCGUCAUUGCCAUGGACAACUCAGCCUGUGUUGAGCUUCUUAGGGGCCCAUCCACCACUCAGGCAACGUCACGAAAACCUGGCGGUCUUCUGGGUGUCGUCGACAAGGCCGCAAUGUCCUUCAAAUCGGGGCGUGCGGAUGAACGGCGGGAUGAUGAUCUACUGCGAGACUUGAGUGCCAAGUUUGGUGCGCAUGCGUCUUUCGUUGCAGCACCUAUCACAGAUGGGAGGAGAGCUUUCGGGAUCAACCACUAUGCUGGUUCUUGUUCAUACGACGUCAGCAACUUCGCGGAGAAGGACGCAGACCUGCUCGACCCUAUUUUCGUCACUCUCCUUCGCAGCUCGACUGAUGUAUUUGUCGCGAAGCUCGUGUCGGGCCCCAGCUUGUCUACGGAAAAGCACCAGAGCGAUGAGGAAACUAUCGUUCAAGCUCAAGUCUCUUCCCGCCCUCUUCGCACGCUUACUCCUCUCGGAAACAGUGCUGAUGAAACCCCUCGCCUGAACCCGUCCAAAAUCUAUCCCGUCACUACGCAGCUCAACCAGACGAUUUGGAACGUCUUGUCUAACAUUGAGAAUGUGCCGAUGUGGACUAUCACGUGCAUUCGCCCCAAUGAUACUGGGUUCUCUAACUCCCUUGACAGGCGUCGCGUCAAGGGGCAAAUUAGGUCUCUGUUACUCCCAGCUAUUGUGUCGAGGAAGCAGGUUGAGUUUGUUGUGGACUUUGAUCAGGCAGAGUUUUGUGACAGAUAUCGUCCUUCUAUGCGCGGAUCAGAUUCUGAGCGCAUGCGUCAGUGUGCCCAGUCUAAUGGCUGGAGAGAAGGCAUUGACUUUGCAAUUGGGAACCAGAGGAUCUGGCUAUCGUACUCGGCGUGGAAGAUGGUGGAAGAUGUUGUGCGUUCUGAGGAGAAAGAGCAGAAGAAGCUUGCCCGUGAGGAUUCACAAGAGGACGAGAACGCCAUGCUCGAUGAUGCCACAGACUACCCUGGUGAUGAGCGGCAGUCAGCAUACUUUGAUGAAGCGGAUGCCACACCAUUCCAAGAGCCGAAAACGCCUGCAUUCGAUGGUUAUGCACCGUCUCAUCUUGCUGCUCCUAGUUAUCGCGAGCAGUCGGAAUCCACGACGUGGGACACGAAACCCGAAAGCUUUGACAAAGCGCCCCACCUCAUGCCUAGUUCUGCCAUGCUAACCGCGGAUAACGCUCCUGAAAUGUUGGAGGAACAACUGCCAACCACUCGAACCCGACGUUACUGGCUUUAUACCGUCUAUUUCUUCACCUGGUUUAUUCCCGACUUCCUGUUGUCGGGGUUAGGACGUAUGAAGCGCCCUGACGUCCGCCUUGCAUGGCGAGAGAAAGUGACCAUCUGCCUCCUCAUCCUCUUCGGAAAUGGCCUUAUCCUGUUCUACAUUAUCGCCUUCGGUGUCAUUCUCUGCCCCAACUUCAAGUAUGCAUGGACGACAGACGAAGUAGCUCAAUAUACAGGCAACACUGACUACUACGUCUCUAUUCAAGGCAAGGUCUAUGACGUCUCCAAUUUCGUUUUCGGUGACCACAGUGACAUUGUGGGAGAGGCAAGUAAUGGUGCGGCCACCUUGGCGGGGCUCGCUGGUACCGACAUGACCUACUACUUCCCCCCUCCCUUAAAUGUGGCAUGCGCGGGUCUUGUCAGCUCCCCGACAAUGAAAAUUACUCCCGAGAACAACACUCUAGUCUUGUACCCGACAGCUAUGCAUUCCUCCGGAUCCAAUGCUCCGACGACUCCCACAGCUCUCGACAACCAGGACUGGUAUACCGCGACCUUCAUACCAAAGAUCAGCCAGUAUUACCUUGGUCCGUUGGUUUGGGAGCCAAGCGAUAUCUACUCUCAAGCUAAUCAAACAACGAAUCCGCGAACUUGGGCGAUUUACGACAAUAGCAUCUAUGAUUUGACGGACUAUAUCUACACCCUCAACACAAUCAACCUGAACGUCGCUUCGUACAGCUUCCUUGACCCGAACCUCGUUGCCGUCUUUGAGGAACAAGCCGGGCAGGACAUCACUAGCCCUUUGAAUACAGUCUUGGCCGCCAUGAGUUCUGAAAACCGUACGGCGAAUAUGGACUGUCUUUCUAACGCCUUCUACUAUGGAGAGACAGACUUCCGGUACACUCCUAGAUGUCAAGUGCAGAACUACCUUUUGCUUGUGUUCUCCAGUGUCCUCAUGGCCUCAAUGGCAAUGAAAUUCCUUGCCGCACUCCAACUCCAGACCAAGCGCUUCCCUGAGAUGCUGGACAAGUUCGUGUUAUGCCAGGUCCCUUGUUACACGGAAGGAGAGGAUUCCCUUCGCCGCACACUCGACUCACUUGCCAAUUUGGACUACGACGACAAGAGGAAACUGAUUUUUGUCAUUUGUGAUGGGAAUAUCAUCGGGAGCGGUAAUGAACGGCCGACACCUGCUAUCGUACUUGACAUCCUUGGUGUCGAUCCAGCGAAAGAUCCUGAACCCCUUAUGUUCAGAUCAAUCGGAGAUGGCUCGCAGAAGCUUAACUAUGGCAAGGUAUACUCUGGGUUGUAUGAGUUUGAAGGCCAUGUUGUUCCGUAUAUAGUCGUCGUGAAAGUCGGGAAGCCAAGUGAACGUUCGAAACCCGGCAAUCGUGGCAAGCGUGACAGUCAGAUCAUGUUGAUGCAGUACUUGAACAGGGUUCACUUCAACGCAGCCAUGAGCCCGCUAGAGCUUGAGAUAUAUCAUCAGAUGCGGAAUGUUAUUGGGAUUGACCCUGCGUUCUAUGAGUACAUUUUCACUGUGGAUGCAGACACGUCCGUGACUCCUAAAUCUCUUAACCGUCUUGUAGCAGCCUCGAUAGCAGAUUCCAACAUCAUCGGCAUAUGCGGUGAAACGAGACUCCAGAAUGAGGAGGGAUCCUGGUGGACCAUGAUCCAGGUAUACGAGUACUACAUCUCGCACAACUUGUCCAAAGCUUUCGAGAGUCUUUUUGGCUCAGUCUCGUGUCUUCCUGGUUGCUUCACCCUUUACCGCAUCCGCACUAAUGAUAAAGGCCGACCGCUCAUCAUCUCCAACCGUGUAAUCGAUGAAUAUGCGGAAAAUAACGUGGACACCCUGCACAAGAAGAAUCUGUUCUCCCUCGGCGAAGAUCGAUUCCUGACGACGCUAUUGAUGAAACAUUUCCCCACCUUCAAGACCAAGUUCACUCCGGACGCUAUUGCGCGUACCAUGGCGCCGGUAUCCUGGAGAGUAUUGUUUUCACAACGCCGGCGUUGGAUCAACUCGACCAUUCACAACUUAUGCGAGCUUGCUAUCCUUCCCGACCUCUGCGGAAUGUGCUGUUUCUCGAUGAGGUUCUUCGUCUUCCUCGAUCUGAUCGGUACUUUGAUAUUGCCUUCCACUGUUGUUUAUUUGGCUUGGCUGAUCGUCGAAGUCGCUACUGGACAAUCUCCGUUCCCUCUGAUUUCCAUAAUCAUGUUGGCAGCGGUGUAUGGUCUUCAGGCUCUUAUCUUCAUCAUCAGAAGAGAGUUCAUGCUUGUUGGAUGGAUGGUGGUCUAUCUCAUUUCGUACCCAGUUUACAGUUUCUUCCUGCCCAUAUAUUCAUUCUGGCGGAUGGAUGAGUUCGGUUGGGGUAACACUCGUAUCGUGCUCGAUGAUGGUGGAAGCAAGAAGAUCAUCGCGAACAGCAACGACAUGAAGUUCAACGAGUCUAUGAUUCCGUACAAGAAGUUUAGUGAAUAUGAGGCUGAAACGUUUGGUGACAACCAAUCCGGGCAGUCGUAUGAGUCACCUCCCGAUUUCCAUAAAUCAGGCUCUGUAUAUCUCUCCGCACCUCAGCCACAUCUCCCGUCGUCAGGCUCUCAACGGCCGUCUGUCUACGAGUACGGCCGCUCUGAGUCAGGGGAACAUGACUACUACCGCGACACAAACAUGAUACAUAGCAACUCGUCGCAUCCCAACCUACCCGGGCCUUCACGUCCGAGCUCCCGUGCCGUAUCUGACGUCAACCGUCCACCACCUCAGAUGGCCAACUGGAGAGGACCCUCACAGGAAAGGAUCAACAUGUUUACUCCAACCAAUUCGGGUCCACAUGGGAGCGUGUAUGGCAUGACGCCGCCUGACUCGCGAAUGGCAUCUGGAGUCUUCAAUCGCUCCAUGUCCCCCGCCCAGAGCCUAGGUGUCCCUCCUCAGCAUUUCAACGGGGGAGUACGGACAUCUACGUUAUCUAUGGCUACAACUGCGUUUACCGGCCCCAACAUGAAUCCCAAUCCCUCGGAUGACGAGCUGUAUAAUGCACUUCGGAACUUUUUGAGCACACAAGACUUGAUGGCUGUGACAAAGAAGACAGCUCGUGAGGCUAUGGCGGCUCGCUUCCCUCGCGCAGACUUGACGUAUCGUAAAGACUUUUUGAACCAGUGCAUUGACGACAUUCUUUCGCAUUAAACGUAGACUAUAUACAUCAUUUAGGACACUUACAUUCAUCUCUCGGACCCUUCUAGGACUUAAUUGACUAUCGGGACAAUGCUGAUUAGCGUUUUGUUUUGUUAUGAUUACGAUUACUACAUGUAUGGCAUUCGUUAGUAGCAGGUGUUGGAUUUCGUUCGGACAUAAUAAUACGAUGAUGACUUGGA